AACACGUAAGGUGUCAGCGGUUAACUACUUAUCCCCUACUAUAAACUGGGAACGCUAGCGUCGUUCACUCCGUCACGCACGCCUCUGCCCGCGUCUUGCUGUCUGGUUUCUUAAGCCACGGUAUCAUCACUGUUUGUGUCGUCUCAACCCCCGUCUCCGCCAUGAGGAUCGUCUUGCUCUUGUGUAUGUUGUGUGCUGUCGUCUCCGCCACCAGCGCUGGCGACAGGGAAAAUACGUUAAAGAAGCUCCUGUUGCGUCUACUGGACGAAGAAACAGACAAAAGUUCUGAACAUUCGAAAACAGAGGAGAAAGACGACGCCAAAGAGAAGGAAGAGGUAGACGACCAUGAUGAAGACCUGACUCUAAGAGGACUGAUCGGGCUAGAGGAGUACCUGAAGUGCCACAAGUGUGAAAAGAAAGACAUCCACACCCGACCUCUGUACUGCAGAGUCAGCGAGAAGAACGUUGAGAGCGGCGAGUUUGAAGUGUGCGAAGUUAGCCAGCGGAUUAUACACAGCGGUCAAAGAUUCCAGAACUGUAAACGCAAGGAAGGCAGCAAAUGCACAGGCGAAGUGAAGGAAUGUGAGUCAAAGAGAUGCGUGCUCACUUCCGGUUGCAACGGACCAAUCACGUGCGAGGUGUACACCAAGAAAUGCCGCAACGUCUGCUAGAUACGCUCUCUAUCCAGAUGGAUCGAUCUUUGUGCUUUGACAGAUCUAAGAACACACUUGACUAAUACUAGUUGUUUAAACAUAUCAACUUGUAUGGCAUUAAAAUGCUGGAUUUCUUACACAAAUUUGUAAAUGAUAUUCACAGCAAAAGGAUGUACAGAUUACAUUACAAUGGUUAUUGGAAAAGGAAUCGUUCCUAAUAAAAAAGUAGAUCAAAAGGUCAAAACAUGUCCUUUUAUUGGUAAUUAUUUUUACUGACAGCUUCCUCGAGAGGAUUAUAGAACACAUUGUAGAAUUGCAAUGAUGUUUUCUGGUUUGGGAUAUAAAAGAAAGAAUUGAAUCCCCAACAAGCUUUCGUUGUUUAGAUACACAGUUUUUAUUUGUAAGUUUUAGAUGUUUAAAAACUUGAAGCCAACUUAACAAAAUGUUCUCUUAUUUUCCGUUUCUAUAGUGAACCGUGGUGUCAUAAAGUUAUUUUCGCUGUAAUGGUAACACACAAAUCGACUCCUCGCAAAGUCCUCCAAAACUGUAAACGCAGUUGGAGAACCAGUGUCGAUUCAGAUAUCUGACAUUUGUUAGGACGCUAGUCCACUGUAGAAGAUACAGCUUUCAUUAAAGAUAGAAAAUUUCA